AUGACUGUGAAAGCACAAUCGGGUAAGCUUGAAUUUCGAAAAAUGUUAAGUGGUAAUAUACUUAGAAUUCGUCGGGGUAUCGUAUCUGCUAUCAUGUAUCGUAAGGUGAAUGGGCAUUCUGUUGCAGAGCUUAGACAAGAUAUAAUGAAUAGCAUCAAUCAUGUUUUUGGGCAUCAUGAAGAGUGUGCUUCAUAUUUUUGUGUAAAAAAUAAAACAGACAUAGCAGAUUACACUGAAAAAAUCAAAUCGAUGGAUCAAGAGUUUUAUGCCAAUGUAAUGAAACACAUUAGAAACCUGGCCAGACACAGUGGUAGUUUGCUACAAGAUGUGGACAGCAAUAUAGUCGAGUCAUACAAUGCUAUAAUUGCAAAAGUAAUCGGUGGGAAACGUAUAAACUUUGCAAUGAAUCGUUCUUAUUCUGGCAGAUGCAUGCUAGCAGCCGUAACCAAAAACACAAGUCGCCCGCUUUAUUCUCUUCAUAAGGUGUUGUACCAUAAAAGUCCAUCAAAACGAGGAUUUUUAAGUGCUGUAGAGUUAAAAAGAAAAAGAAAACAAAAUAUUCAAAAUAUUGCCAGAUUAAAAAAUAAAAGAUUUAAAAAACAACUUUUUAAAAACAAUGGUCCCGAUUUAUCGUAUGGAGAAAAUGCCGUUAGACCCGAUAUGGAUCAUUUAGAAUUUGAUCGACAAAAAGAAGACAUUUUAAAUGAAAUGAAAGAAGUAGCAUCAAAAAGAGACGAAAUUCAAAAACAAACUGUCGAACAAUACGAGAAUGUACAGUGGAACGAAGUACGAAGAAAACUUUUAACGGCUUCUAAUUUCGGACGUAUCAUCUCUCGAAGACCAUAUACUGGCUGUGAAAAUAUUGUCAAGAGUCUUUUAUACAACACACAAAUAAUGGCACAUUCAUUAGAUUAUGGUCGUGAAAAUGAGGUUGUUGCUAAAAAAGAACUUUAA